UACACUAAAUAUUCUAGUUGUUAAUAUGGCGUGGAUCAAUUAAUGGACAAACUAAUAGUUGACUCGAAUUUGCUCUGUCUUUUCUGCAAUAAGAAGACUGAGGUCUAGACAUAUAGACAAAUGGAUGACACAGAUAGAAGAACUCUUCAAGUGAAUCGCACCUACCUUGUGAAGAAUAUUGCCAAUCCCGAUGACAUCGCAGAGGAAUUGUUCUCCAAUGAAAUCUUUACAGAAGGAAUGAAAGAUGAAGUGGAGGUGGAGAAACUUAGAGAGAAGAAAGUCCGAAAACUGCUGGACAUUUUGCCGAGGAGAGGUCCAGAUGCCUUUAAGAUUUUCCUGAAUGUCUUAGUGGAUACCCAAAAUAAACAUGUGGCAGAACACAUAAACUCAGGACAGAAAGUCCCAUAUGUCCCACACAAUCAGCUUCAUCAACAAGAGGAGGAGGAAGAAGAGCUACCUCAGACAUGGCCAGAUCCAAUGAGCUUAGAAGGACAAUUGAUUGUAAAACCGUGUCCAAUAAAUUCCACCAGAUUCCAGAGUAGAAGGUGUUAUAAAAUGGGUCGAAAGCCUCGCGGCAGAGUCCUGGUCAUCAACAACAAAAUCUUUUUUGGUCCGUUGGAGAAAGAUGAUGUUGGUAAAAAAAGGGUGACCCUGACAGACAGAUUGGGAACAGAGCAAGACGAGAUAAAAAUUAGAGAAGUGUUCGAGCAGAUGAAUUUUGUUGUGGAUGUUUUCAAUGACAAGAAAGGAGAGGAAAUAAAAGAUAUACUGAGAGGUGAAGUAGAAAGAGAUAUUCAUCGAGCAGCAGAUUGUUUUGUGCUGGUAAUAAUGACCCAUGGGACCACAGGGGCUAUCUAUGGAGUAGAUGGCAAAACCGUGUCUAUUGAAGAAAUCAAAAAACAGUUCAAUGGUGAAAAAUUUCCAGCUAUGGCUGACAAACCAAAAGUUAUUCUUAUCCAGGCUUGUAGAGGAGAUGAUCGAGAUGAAGGAGUAAGAGAAAUCUCCAACACAGACAAGAUAAUAAAGGAAGCAGAGAAGAAAUUAAAAGACAUGACCUUGAAUUCUGAGACUGAUUCCCACAGUGAGACUGUCACCCCAACAAUGAGUCACAUGGUUGUUGCAAUGGCAUCCACACUGGGAAUGGUUUCCUUCAGGAAUAAAAUAUAUGGAUCCUGGUUUCUUCAAGCUGUGGCCUUUGUACUUGCCAAAUAUUCUUAUAAGGAUGAUAUUCUUCAGAUUCUGACAAAGGUAAAUGAGCUUGUGUCACUUGGGAGAGCAAAGGACAGUAGACAAGGGAAGGAAUAUGUGGCCAUUUCUGAAUUCAACUCCACCCUAUCAAAAAGCCUGUAUUUUUGUCCAGGACUAGUCACAGAGGAGGUUCAAAGCAAUAAAAUCCAGCAAGCAUCAAGCUGACACAGCUGAAAUCUAAAGCAUGUAGCUGACAAUGAUUCUUUUCAAUGCAUUUUUUUUUAGUGUGUCUCAGGAAUCAAAACAAAUUUUUAAAACAUGAAUGGGAUUGCACAUAAAAAACAUACCAAUUUAAAAAAAGAGCCCAAAAAAUAUACUUUCAUGGUGUUGGAAUUUGAUAAAUCGAUGUAUGAUAGAAUUUAUAUGUUGCUCAGUAUGCCGAAGUAAUAAUCAUUAGUUUCAUCAAUUCAUCAUGAAUUACUGUAAAUGUGUUUGGCAUUUACAGUAUUUUUUAUUAAAAUUAUUUUUUCAAAAAGCUAGACAAAGUAUAGAUUUGAUUUAGUGCUAUCUGGAUGUGCUAGAUAUAACCAUAAGAUGUAUAAGACAUAUACAUCUGUAGUGAGGUACUUAAAUAAGUGGGCUCUGCUUUCUGCCAAAUUUGCUAAACAGAAUACACUUAAAGUAAUGCAUUUACAGUUUUUGUCAAGUAUUAGUAAGUGUAAUAUACAGAAAAUUGUCUGUCAAGAUGAAAAAUUCUCAUAACAUUCAAAGAUAAAAGGGGCAUGUUUUGGGAUCAAGAUUAGGACCUUAUUAGAAAUUCUAUAUUUAGUGGUAGUUUUGAUGAAAUAAAUUUUCAUUAUUUUUAAUUUCAAAUAAUAUAAAACUGGUUUGUAUGCAACCAAAAUUAUAUAUAUGGAAUAUGGAUUCAGUACAUUAAAAUCACACUAAGAUUUGGGUU